UCCAGCAGGCGAAGGGGGUCUGCGGUCCUUGUACGGUGGGUCUGGCCAAAGCCCUCGCAUCUGUUCCAUCUGUGCCACCCAAAACCAGCUUCUAGUCGCAUGUGGCUACUUAAAUAAGUAGAUUAAAAUUCAAACCAAUUAAAAGUCAGUUCCUCAGAUGCACUAGCCACCUUUCAAGGACUCAGUAGCCACAGGCGGCUGGUGGCUCUUCUCUGGGACAGGGCAGAUGGUCUCCAACUCCAUUGUCGUAGAAGCUUCUGCUGGGCCCAUGCCGCGUGGCGUGAGACCUCUGGGUGUGGGUUUUGGCUUGCUCCAGCUGGUCCCUCGUGCUCCGGCGGCCGAUGGGGAGGUAGAUGAGGUCCUGGUACACAGCAAGUGCUCGACACAUAAAACUGUAUUAUCCUCAUCAGCGCCAUCUUUCGGGCUCCAACACCUCCGUUCCCUGCUCCGAAAGUGCCAUGAGGGUCCUCCCAUGUUCGCCGCUGCCCAUGUUGCUGCUGCUCCUCUGGCCCUGGGAAACCCACCUCCAGUUCGAAGGUCCCAGGUGCCGUACUGGGCCCCUGGAUUUGGUGUUUGUGAUUGACAGCUCGCGCAGCGUGCGCCCCUUCGAAUUCGAGACCAUGCGGCAAUUUCUGGUGGGCAUCCUGCACGGCCUGGACGUGGGGCCCAAUGCUACGCGUGUUGGCGUGAUCCAGUAUUCCAGUCAAGUGCAGAGUGUCUUUCGACUCGGUGCGUUCUCGCGCCGCGAGGAUAUGGAGCGUGCCAUCCGUGCUUUGGUGCCGCUGGCGCAGGGCACCAUGACCGGGCUGGCGAUCCAGUACGCCAUGAACGUGGCCUUCAGCGUGGCCGAAGGUGCGCGUCCUCUAGAGGCCCGCGUGCCACGAGUCGCUGUCAUCGUGACCGACGGGCGGCCCCAGGACCGCGUGGCAGAGGUGGCAGCGCAGGCGCGCGCCCGCGGCAUUGAGAUCUAUGCGGUGGGGGUGCAGCGCGCGGACGUGGGCUCCCUGCGCGCCAUGGCGUCCCACCCACUGGACGAGCACGUCUUCCUGGUUGAGUCCUUCGACCUUAUCCAGGAGUUUGGCCUGCAGUUCCAGGGCCGGCUGUGUGCAAAGGAUCUGUGUGCAGAAGGGGUACAUGGCUGCCAGCACCAGUGUGUCAGCUCCCCGGGCAUGUUCCACUGUGCCUGCAACCCGGGCUACCAGCUAGCAGCAGAUAACAAGAGCUGUUUGGUCAUUGACCACUGCAGCUUCGGGAACCACAGCUGCCAGCAGGAGUGUGUUAGCACCCUGGGCGGGCCACGGUGCCGCUGUAGAGAGGGCCACGACUUGCUGCCUGAUGGGAGGAGCUGUCAGGCUCGGGACCUUUGCAAUGGCGUGGACCAUGGAUGUGAGUUCCAGUGUGUGAGUGAGGGCCUCACCUACCACUGCCUGUGCCCUGAUGGGCGGCAGCUCCAGGCAGACGGCAAGAGCUGUAGCCGGUGCCGGGAAGGCCACGUGGACCUGGUUCUGCUGGUCGAUGGCUCCAAGAGCGUGCGCCCGCAGAACUUCGAGCUGGUGAAGCGCUUUGUGAACCAGAUCGUGGACUUCCUGGACGUGUCCCCCGAGGGCACGCGCGUGGGGCUGGUGCAGUUCUCCAGCCGGGUGCGCACGGAGUUCCCGCUGGGCCGCUACGGCACGGCGGCCGAGGUGAAGCAGGCGGUCCUGGCGGUGGAGUACAUGGAGCGCGGUACCAUGACCGGGCUGGCGCUGCGCCACAUGGUGGAACACAGCUUCUCCGAGGCGCAGGGCGCGCGACCCCGCUUCCUCAACGUGCCUCGCGUGGGCCUGGUCUUCACCGACGGCCGCUCCCAGGAUGACAUCUCAGUGUGGGCAGCACGCGCUAAGGAGGAAGGCAUCGUCAUGUACGCCGUGGGCGUGGGCAAGGCAGUGGAGGAGGAGCUGCGCGAGAUCGCCUCGGAGCCCGCGGAGCUGCACGUGUCCUACUCUCCCGACUUCAGCACCAUGACGCACCUGCUGGAGAACCUCAAAGGCAGCAUCUGCCCCGAGGAGGGCAUCAGCGCGGGGACAGAGCUUCGGAGUCCCUGUGAAUGUGAAAGCCUCGUGGAGUUCCAGGGCCGCACGCUGGGGGCGCUCGAGAGUCUGACUCAAAACCUCGCCCAGCUGACGGCGCGCCUGGAGGAUCUGGAGAGCCAGCUGGCUACCCAUAUGUGAGGGCCUUGGUGGCCGGGACCCGGGCCGGGCGGCUCCUGAGGACUGUAGGGACCCUCCUGUGCCGUCGGGUUGCGGGGGGCCGAGUGAGCCUGAGCCCCUGGGGCUCGGGCUGCUGGAGACACGGGGCUGGCGGGCUCCCAGCACUGCGCUCGAGCUGGCCUCUCCGGGCCCGCAAACCUGACUGUGGGGGACAGGGGCGCAUGCUAGAUCCGCGGGCCCUUGUCGCGUGCUGAUGCGCUCAGU